AUGACGAUGGAUUACUGCCCUGAAAAAUCUGGACGUCAAAAUGCAAGCAGUAAUGAAACAAUGCCGAAUAAAAAUGGCUGGUCACUAAUAAUCGAAUUACACGAACUCUCUCUUUAUGAACUGCACCGUAUGCCUCAGGAAGUGAUUGUGGACGCAACCGAAAUCGCUGUUUCCCCUCGAAGUUUACACAGUGAAUUAAUGUGCCCUAUAUGUUUGGAUAUGCUGAAAAAGACUAUGACAACGAAGGAAUGCCUGCACAGAUUCUGUUCGGACUGCAUCGUGACAGCUUUGCGCUCUGGCAACAAAGAAUGUCCCACCUGUAGAAAAAAAUUGGUGUCAAAGCGUUCUCUCCGUCCGGAUCCAAAUUUCGAUUUGUUAAUAUCUAAAAUUUAUCCGAGUAGAGACGAAUAUGAGGCUCAUCAGGAGCGUCUGUUGGCGAAAUUGAAUAUGUCGACGUCCUUAGUUAAUUCUAUUACGGAAGGGAUUAAGUUUCAAUCCCAAAAUAGACUGCAGAGAGGUAGAAAGACUCAGGAUGAGAACAACGCGCCUGAUUUGAAUGUAAACAAAGAUGGCGCUGCUGAAAAUGGCGGGAAUACGUCUAAAGAUAAUUGUACAGGAAACCCAAACCUUGGUCUGGUGACCACUAAUCCAGCGUCAUUUAGAAGCACACCGUCCCCCGUUCUGUCAAGUGUGAGCUCAUUAUCCAAGAACACUAGCAUCAUGAAACGGACAAAGUCAAUUUUGACAUCGGAGCUCAGCGAGGAAAGUGAAUUGAGUGAUGGCAGGACUGAAGGUGAGAACUCAAUGGACACAGAAGGUGACAGUGAACCUUUGAAUCCGAAUGAAAUAGAGCUGGUGUUUAAGCCCCACCCCACCGAGAUGAUGGGUGACAACCAGCUCAUGAAAGCUCUGGAAGACUGCUCUGUUAGAUACUUGAAGACAACUGCUAAUGCAUCAGUUGACCAUUUAAGCAAGUAUUUAGCAAUGCGACUCACACUGGACCUGGACGCGGAAUUACCAGAGGCCUACCGUCUUCUCAACUUCUGCAUUUAUGUCACACCAUCAGCAGACCAGUAUGUGCCUCUGACUGGCUCUCAAACUCUGAGGCAGAUAAACGAAAAAUUUUGGAAGAUGAACAAGCCACUGGAAAUGUAUUACUCAUGGAAAAAGACCUAGAAGUAAAUAUCAUUUUAGUUAUGUAGUGAACGUACAUAACUAAAAUAAAAAUAGUCAGUUCUUGAAGUUUGCAUCUGUUAUAUGGUCUUUGCCUCAUUUGAAAACGGAGUCAAAAAAAUGUCCAUACGGCAUAAGAAAAUAAUAAUCUUAGUUCUAGAAGACUGUAUAUAUUAUUUGGUCUUUGCCUCAUUUGAAAAUGAGGGGAAAAAAAUCUUCAUAAUGGCAUAAGGAAAAUAGUCAUAUUAGUUCUUGAAGACAGUAUAUAUUAUUUGAUCUUUGCCUGAUUUGAAAAUGGAGUGA